UUGUAAUUCUGACCUAUACCAGCAAUGUGCGCUGCUUUUUUCCCCUCCCCUUUUCUGCGGAGGUUUUCUUUACUAUUUUUUUCCUUUCUGUUCUUGGGAGAUUGUUGAUUAAGUUUGGUAGCCGUUUUUGUUCAUGAUCAUGAUGGGUUAACUGGGUUUGGGGUGUUUUUUGUUUCUGUGCUUUUACCUCUGUUCAUUCUUUGUUCCAUCUUCUUUUUUUUCUUUCUUUCUUUCUUUCUUCGACACGGUGUUUUCUGUUUUAUGUAUCUUUCCUUUAAUGGGGAGGGGUCUGUCGGUCGGUGGAGAUGGAUAUGGGGUGGUGGUUUGGUUGAUGGCGUUGGAUGUGUCGGUGUGUCGGUAUGCUACUUCGUACUGAUGAGAAACUCAGUCUCAGUUUCAGUUUUUGUUCAACAAAGUAUCAUCGUUCACACACACAAGCACAUACGUUAUUCAAAAGUUUUCAACCUCGUCAUCAUCAUCGUUCGCCAUCGUUUUACGUUCUUUUCUUUUCUUCUCUUUCUUUCUUUCUUCUCUUGGGCGUCAUUCCCGUUAUGUUUGCGACUGUGUUUGCGACUGGCCCGCCUGGGUAUGUGCGGCGGAGGAGGAGGAGGAGGGGGAGGGGGGGUUCAUGUGUUUCUGGUCGGUCGGUGGUUCAUCUGCUUUUUGUUUUCGCUUUUGUUUUCGGUUUCGUUUAGUUUUGUUCAGUUUCGUUCGAUUUUUUUUACUUUUUUGAUGCCUUCUGGCUGGCUGCUGGACACAACUUAACUCGGCUUUACAUACUCUAGAACGCGGGUGGUUUUUUGUUUAGGAUCUUCUGAAUGAAGUUUGAAGGGAUGGGAUGGGAUAUUGAUGGAUGGAUGGAUGGAUGGAGGGAUGGAUAGUGGGGCUGUCAGUAUAGCUUCGACAUAGCUCAGACUCGAAUGGUCAGGAUGGGUGGGGCGGGGCCAGGAGGAUUUUUUUUUU